AUGAACCUCUCUCGCGCGCGCCUCGCGCUCUUCUUCGUCCUCUGCUGCGUCCUCGCCGCGCUCGCCCCCGCGAGCGCGCUCCCGACGGCGGCGAGCGCGCCGCGCAGAGCGAACCGGAGACUCCUCGUCACGAAAGAGACGUCGCUCGCGGUCGACCCCGUCGGCGCGGUGCGCUCCGUCACGCUCACGAACGGGGUAUCGUUCAACUUCUUCUGCGAGUUCGUGAAGCCGAUGCUGGACUUCGAGCUCCCGCCGCAGUACUGCGGCGGCGGUCGAUGA